AUAGGUUCGAUGUACAUACGUACCGUCGUCCUCGUCGUGCUUGAUCAACGUCGUGCCCUUAACCCUUAAUGCCUUUUGAGCAUUGCGCGAGAUACGACUGAUACGAGUGUCGAUACUGUCGAUAGUGGCGAAUGGUGGCGAAUAAAAUCUUGAUAGGUAAGACACGCGCGUGUAUCGUGUGAACGUACGUUGUGCUAGUUGCGUAACGGUUUCACGUACGGUGCGCAAAAAACAUUUGCGUAAUAUUUAUACGAUUUGCGGUAACGAAAUGCCAAAAGUGUAAACUCGCCCGACAGACGUUUCCGCUGAUACAACCGCGUAUAACCUCCUGAUUCGGAUAUCGGAAUCAAGUGCUCGCGUUCAGAGUUCAGAGAGCGAUGCGUUUGUAGGCGAUACGUAAGUGUUGUCUUGUGUUUUCCAGAUGGUAAUGAACUUGUGAGCGUUUUGCCUCACUGAGACACGAUGUCUGACGAUAACUUGCCGCAUAUCUCCUAUGGGCUUGAUAGCCGUGGAAGGAUAGUGCGUAUUGAGUCAGGUAUAACCAGGGCCAACAUCCGACGUCUUCCAAGCAUAGAGGAAGCUCUAAGGAGACUCAGCACAAAUUUGAGAUCCGAUAGACAAGCUGUUGACUCUAACAAUGGUAACACUUGGUUAACGAAAUCCUUUUGCCUACGGCAGAGAGACGUUAUGACGUACAUACGUCACUUUUUUGUUUUUAUAACAGAAGUAUCUGAUUCUCAAGCCACGGCACAAGUAGCGUCGCUGGAGGAUGAUAGUUCUCAAAAUGCAUGGGACGACAUAACGGAUCAUGAGUUAUCUGUUGAUAUUACCGAUGGGGCAUCUUCGCCAAAUCAAAUCACGUCCAGUGUGCCAUCAUUGACUCCAGAAGAAGACAGGCGAUACUGCUGGGUAUGCUUUGCAACUGAUGAAGACGAUGCGACCGCAGCGUGGGUUAAACCGUGUCAUUGCCGAGGCACUACAAAAUGGGUUCAUCAGGGUUGUAUUCAGAGAUGGGUCGAUGAGAAGCAAAAGGGUCAUGCUGGACAUGCCGUGGCAUGCCCACAAUGCAAUACAGAAUAUAUCAUAGUUUAUCCAAACAUGGGUCCAUUAGUGGUAGUACUCGACACGAUUGAUGCAGUCAUCUUCCGAGUAUGCCCUUUUAUCGCCGCUGGUAUAGUAGUUGGAUCCAUAUAUUGGACAGCUGUGACUUAUGGUGCGGUUACUGUCAUGCAAGUGGUGGGUCAUAAGGAUGGUCUUACCAUGAUGGAACAGGCUGAUCCUUUAGUCCUACUGGUUGGCUUGCCAACUAUUCCAAUUAUGUUGGUUUUGGGAAAGAUGCUUCGUUGGGAAGAUCAGGCCCUUAGUUUUUUGAGGCGACACGCAUCCAAAGUUCCUAUUUUAAGGCAUUUUCUACCGAGCAGUUAUAACGACGAAGACACAAGUAUACAAUCUGAAGAUAUACCUCCAAUGAACGAUCCAGUGUCUGCGACACGUGUUCUUUGCGGCGCACUUUUACUGCCGACCAUCGCUAGUCUAUGCGGAAGAAUAUUCUUCGAAAGCAUAAGUUCCAACUUUCAGAGAACAUUGUUGGGUGGUGCAGCCUUUAUAACAAUAAAAGGUGCGUUCAAAAUUUAUCAUAAACAGCAACAAUACAAGAGACAAUGUCAGCGUCGCGUAAUGGACUAUACGGAAAGCAAUGUAGCAUUAUACAAAAGGCAACAAGACUCCGAGAGUGAUCGAAGUUAAAUAAAAUAUCAAUGAAUAUAUUUGAAUGUCGAUUAGUGUGGAUAUAAUCUUUCAAAUGUAAAAAGGAGCAGAUCGACGCUCUACAGUAGCGCUAUUUAUACAUAAACGGUCUUACAGAUGUAAUCUUUAAUGUUACGUAUAUAUCCACGGUGAUCGUAGUACAGCCAUGUGAAAUAAAGAGAUAGUUGUAUAUAAGUAUAUAAAAAUAAGAACUAUAUUUGAGUAAGAUCAGUGCGUGUGAUUCAGGAUUGUAUUUUCUAAAGGUGAAAGAUGUUGGGCAAUCUAAAGGAUGACAUCUCCUUUAAAUUAACAUUUAGAGGAACAGUAAUUUUUAAUAAUUAUAUUACACGGGUAAUACUUUCUACUAUCUUCCUUGUACGAUAAAGAAUGAAAGCGGGAAUAAUUACACGAUUUUUUCUUUAUGUUAUUAGCGUUAUCUAACUUUAAAUAAUCUAGCACGAAUCAUUAUCUUUGAAUUUUAUAUUAUAGUGAAAAGCUCAAGUGCUAUCGCAGAGAAAAGAAAUAAACGUAACAAAUUAUUAUGACAAAUGUUUGUUACGUAAAACUAUUUACUGUGACUCUAGAUACGUCUACAGAAUACUGACAUUUAUAUAUAAAUUAUAUAUGUAUAUAUAUGUGUGUGUGCACGCGCGCAUACAUAUGUAUACAUAUAUGUUUAUACAUAAAUAUGCUAUAUUAGAAUUAAGGUUCAUGAACUAUAUUUUGUAAUCUAAUCUCACAUGUAAAUGCUGUCAUAAAAUAAUCUCUGUAGCAAAUAUAAGAAAACCAUGAUUAUUUA